AUGUGGCUCCUCAAAGUCCUUCUCUUCCUCAUCAUGGUCAAUUUCGGGGCUAUGACCGAAAUACCCAUGUGUGGUUCGCAAUCAUCGUCUUCUCAAACUUCUCACGGCUGUACAAUGACCUACACUCCUUACAUGGCUCCGCAGAUUGGUCCAACCAGCACAGUUUACGGUGCCAUCAUGACCACCUACUUCUAUGUUGUUGACUGCCACUAUUGCACCGUCACCAAUCACGAACAGAAUCCUGCUCCUCAGGGUCCUUUUACAACAAAGACCACAAGCUCUAUGCUCACUGUUACUCGGGUUGAGUGCAUGCCAGAGACGACUGCAAUCACCAGGAGAGCCUACCGUGGUUAUGAAGAGGUGGAACAAGCUCAUACUCGGACUGCCUCGACUAACAAACUUACUGGUGGUGGCUUGACACACCAUCUGCGCCGCUCAAGCUCUGCUGUCACCGGUGCAUUGCUUGAGCUUGCAACAACAAUCAGCAACAAUUCUCCGGAUAUCCGGCUCCUUACGGGCCCUUCUCAGGAGUCACUGACUGAGAUUAUGUCAGCCUUGUUUGCUCUCAAUGUCGCUGACUCUGGUAUGAACCUCACCUCAGCCUGCCAGCAAGUCACAACCACAGAAGUCAGCUACCGCUUAUUGGAGUCUGACUUCAACCCUGAUCAGGUCAAAGGGCUCAUUUGCUGGAUCAGUGCCAAUGGAUACUCCUUUAACAGCACACGGGCCGCCAUCAUUUCAGCCUUACAAGCUGCCAUUUACGGCCUUGAGGUCACUGAUGCAUUCACCAGUAACAGAACCGAGAUCUGUGGCCACCUCGACCUCUUCAACUCCAUAGGAGGCUUCCUGGGCAUCAACACUAAACAAUACCAGGAUAUCGUCUGCGGUGGCAUUUCAUCCGAAACCACAACACCAACUCCGUACCCAAGACCUCAGUCUCUCCCUACUGUCGGCCCGUCAGCUUCCACUGGUAGCCCAUGGGCCUCAGCCAAUAGCUCCUUGACUGGAGGCAAUGCCACCAAAUGGGAAUUAACUUCAACUUCAUGGAACUCCAGUGGCACUGCCUUUGCAACUGGCAACCCCUUGGCCUCCACAGGGGCCCCUUGGGUUUCAGGCAAUGCUACUACAUGGGAAUCACCUUCGUGGAACUUCAGUGUCACUGCCUUUGCAACUGGGAACCCCGUGGCCUCCACAGGGUGUUCUUGGGUCUCGGGCAAUAGCUCUUUCGUCGUCGAGAACGUCACUACCUGGGGACCGCCCAUCUCUUACACGGGAAGUGUUAUGAGCUGGCCUGUCAAUUGGACUGAGCCAAGUGCAACUAUGGGAUCUGUUGUUGCGUCGAGCACCCUCGUGGCUUUGAAUGAAACAGAGUUGAGAGCACGCACACCACCCAGCCCUACUGCAAAGCCAUUCUAUCCUGCAGUAUCUACUCGAACGCGUCACUCGGUCUUCAAGAGAUACUAG